ACCGCCUUCAUCAAAGCGAGUUGCUAGGGAACCCUGAGUUCGGAUAUGAUCAGCAUUUGGUUGAACAAAUCCUAACAGUUGACUCAAAAGUAUUUUACUGCUAAAACUAGCAAGGCUAAAAUUUUGCCGAUUUCUAGCAUAAUGACGCAUUCGAAGAUAAAUUUGCUAUUUUAACGUUCUUUGUGAAUGAAUUACAAAAAGUUUUGUUCAUUCAACUAGCAGAAAUACAUGAACGUAAAUAUGGAGGCUUGCUUUUGUAGUGCAGUGUUUUUUUGUCGUUUUGCAACUGGUUCAACUCCUGCGCAUGUGGGACGAACUAAACGUUUUUUGCAACAUGCAUGCCGCGCACUGCCGCGUCAAGGCCAAUGUUUUCUGCCGGCAGUACGACGUACACCCCGUCGCGAGAUUUUUAACAAAUAUAAGAAUUUGUUAGGACUUAGGAGGCAGUUUCGUGGGAAAGUUUCAUGCAAGAUUCCUAAGGAGACUCCCUUUUCCUCAUCUCCAGCUCUGUGUCUGAUUGAUCACAUCAGUACUUUCAAGCAGGUGUUUUCAGUUCCGGCCACCAGGUGUCAGUGAUGUCUCGGCCGGCCCACCGGCUGGCGGCCAAGCCGCGCACGUCGGACGUGGCCGUUUCUGAGGACGUGACGUUCGCCGGCCUGCUGCUGUCGGAGCCUGUGCUGCUGGGACUGCGGAGGGCGGGCUUCGAGCGGCCGUCGCCCAUUCAGCUGCGCGCUAUUCCGCUGGGCCGCUGUGCUGUCGAUCUGAUCGUGCAGGCCAAGUCCGGCACGGGUAAGACGUGUGUCCUCGCCGUGCUGGCUCUGGAGGCUCUGGUAGCGGCGCCCCCAUCCGGCCGAUGUCGGGCGCUCGUGCUGGCGCCCACCCGCGAGGUGGCGGUUCAGGUGGCACAGGUCAUCACCGCCAUCGGUGUGGAGGUGCCUGGUCUGGCCGUACAGACUCUGAUCGGCGGCCUUCCGCUGGCUCAGGAUGUGGCCAACCUGCGACGCUGCAAUGUCGCCGUCGGAACGCCCGGUCGUAUUCGUCAGCUGGUGGACUGUGAGGCGCUCAACACAGACUCUGUACGUCUGUUUGUGAUGGACGAGGCUGACAAGCUGAUGGAAGAUGCGUUCGUGGAUGAUAUCAAUUUCAUCUACUCGACUCUACCUGCCAGUAAGCAGAUGAUUGCCCUGAGCGCCACCUACCCGGACACCCUGGCUAGCCUGCUGGCGCGCUACAUGAGGUCACCGACCUUCGUCAGACUGGGUAAGAGCUCUCCGGCCCUGCUGGGUAUCCGUCAGUACGUGAUGACGGUGCCGUGCGAGCCGCUCGUCACCAAACAGCUGAAGGUGAAGUUGGAGGCGCUGGUCAACAUCCUCUCCACCGUCAGCUUCACCCAGUGUCUGGUCUUCUCCAACCACCAGACCAGGGCGGAGACGCUGUGCUCUCAGCUCUCGUCGCGCGGCUGGCCCAGCGCCCACCUCUCUUCCUCUCUGAGUCAGGAGCGUCGACUGGAGGCCCUCUCCCAGCUGACAAGCCUGCGGUGCCGCGUGCUGGUCACCACUGACCUCGGCGCCAGGGGAGUGGACAGCGAGCACGCUGAUCUGGUGGUGCAGCUGGAUGUGCCGUGGGAUGGUGCUACGUACCUUCAUAGAGUUGGACGGGCCGGCAGGUACGGCAGCCUGGGCGCGGCCGUGGCACUGGUCUCGCUCGGUGAGGAGGAGCAGCGACUCACUACCGUGAUAGCAGCGGCUGGCGUCAGCCCCCUGCGCCUGCCACAGAGCCUGCCGGACGACAUCAAAACGUGCGACACCACAGGAUGGUCGGCAUACUCCGCGGCUAAGGACGGUGCCACCACAAAUGGUCACUCGAGGGAGGGGAAGAGUGGGAGUGGGGACGGAGAGGGAGUGGCUGGGAAGAGUGGAGGAGUGAGGAGCAAUGGCCACUCCCCAUCGCCGGUGGCCCCAGCUGAGAAUGGCGACACUAUGGGUGUCAGUGAGGACACUGAAGGCAAAACAGGAGCCCCUGAGGGAAGGAAGAUACUCGCAGCACGCCGUCGCCGCGCGCCCGGUCCGACAGCGGCCGAACAGCGCCAGGAUAAAGCUCAGUUUGAGGCCGCUGCGGACGGCUGGGCGCGCGCUGUGGCCACGAGGGGACGGAGGCCAGCCGCCCCCGCCCCCGCCGCCGCCCCCGACGGCGAUGGUAGCGGUGGUGGAGCGGCACCAAUCCUUGAUUGGGACCAACCUUCCACUAAUGCCAAGGGCCGGAAAGGUGCAACCGAGCCGGUUGGGACUGGUGGUGAUAGCAGUGACAGCGAUGGCAGUCAGGACAGCUUCCAGGCGCUGCUAGCCGCGUACAAAAGGGAUCAGGAACGGCAGGCCGCACAGGAGAGUGCGGGCGGAGAGGCGGUGGAUACGACAGACGUCAAAAAGGAGAAACUUGUGAACGGUGAUCAGAGGAAGAGCUCCAAAGGUAGCGGUGGGAAAACGCAAACGGAUGACUCUGAGGCCAAGAAUCGUAGUCCUCAGAAGGGACCAGCUUUAGAAACCACCACUCUAUUGAAUGAAAGACAGAGUGCUGUGAGUCAAAAGCCCAAUCUGAAAACGGAGGAUCAGAUCUCAAGCGAUGAUGAAGAUGCUGAAGCUGAUACCGUGGAUACAGAUCAGCUACGGCAGGCUCUGAAGAAGCUGAACCCGAAGGAAGUCGGCUCACUGACUGAAGAGGACCUGCAGAUGCUGGUAGCGUACCUGAAGACUCGCAGCGCGCCCGAAGGACGCGUGUAUCGUCGGGCUGUGGCGCUGGUGAAAGAGAAGGGUGUUAGACAAACCCUUCUGCGGGCGGGAGAUCUCUCAGAGGGCAGAGUCGACCUAAAAGAACUGAUUGAGAGGCUGCGUGUUGCUCCUGUGGUGUCCUCAGGGAUUUCUACUGCAGAGGGAGCCUGUGAUGCUAUUCCAACAGAGACGAGUGGCAUGACGCCGAGCCACGAGCCAGGUUUGGUGAAUGGACAUGCGAGCAAGCCACCUGAUGACAUUGUCAGAAAUGGUGAUGAUUCUGAUAAGACUAAGUCAACAGUUUUGAAACCCAAAACUGAUGCUAGUGUUUCCUCUGUGGGCGCCACUGCGUCAGUGAAUGCGGGCGAGAGCCUCUCACCGGGCCCCAGAGUCGCAGGUGCUGCCACCUACAGCUCAUCGACAGCAACUCGAUUAGUCGUGAAUUACGACGAGGAGGUCCGCCAGAUCCCCAACCAGGAGGAAGACGUGGAGGCCUUCCAGCGUGACCUACGGAUGGGUGCUGCUCGGAAGAAGGCGUUCCUGGCGUCUAGAGUGAAAGAUGCCCAGCGGAAGUCGGUUCGCGGUCGGGCCUUCCCCGCAGGGAAAGACUCGUCCAGUGGAGAAGACAGUGAGUCUACUCGGGAGUCUACACGCGGUGAGAUGGGAGGUCGGAGCGGCGGGCGGCAGCGGCAGGGAGCUGCUCCUCCACAUCGGCCGAACUAUCGACAGUCUGGUAAGCACUUAGAGUCUGAAACCGCCGACUACCCUCCUGCCUCUGAAGCACAGUUCUACAGCGAACCUCACGCUAACGAAGGCCCAGAUACAACACAUGACAACCCGUCUGAGUUCUGGAAUGAGCAUGGCAUACCAUCACAUGACCAGUAUCCCUACUACCCAGGCAGCUACAACAUGCCUUACCAGUCAUCUUACCCCACCGAUUGGCCCAACUACCCCAGUGCUAUGUAUCCUAACUACCCCACUGCAUACGGUACUACCCCCAGCGGGUAUCCUCCGUCCCAGGGAGGCAACUGGGGUCCCUACGGCGGCUCUACGCUCCCUCCCCACUCGUGGGACGAGCUGCUGAACGUGUGUUACGACCAGCAGACCCGCUACCUGUCGCACAUGACCAGCUACUACACGCAGUAUUAUGGACUCUCACAGUCGUAGACAAGGUGUGAUAUCCAUAAAACACUCAGUGAUGUCGUUUGUGAUAACGGUUGCUCUGUGAUGAUGCCAAGACGUGUUGCGGGUGAUUCAUUCAUACUAGCGAUUAGUGUGGGGUUCAAUCAUGAUUCCGAAAAUACAUUCAUUUUGCAAUGA